AGUAUGUGUACGCCAUAUUGAAUCCUCGUGUGGUGAAAGUUGUCAUAGAAAUGUGUGAUUUUACAAGUUUACAUUAUUUGUGUAAAAUAGACUAAGAACAAUUGUAAUUAUGGCAAAUAACAAUAAUGAAGGUGUAGAUAACAGUCCAGACAACUCGAAAGACGCGGGAUCGGAAAAGUCAUUCGUGGGAAAGUUCAUGUCCGGUAUUUUCAAUAGUACGCCGCUGUCCAAAUGGUUCGGAAAAGACGCCGCAUCAAGAUCAGUUAUACGAAGGCGAGAUGAAGACGAAGACUAUGAUGCCUCCUUCAGUUUUCAACCUCCAAGUAAACGUGUGAAGCUGCCCCCGGAAGCGGAACGUAACAGUUACAGUGCACAUGUUUUUGAGUCUCCAGUGGCCGUGCAUACUUCCAAUAAUGUUAACAAUGUUUCGACAAAAGUGUAUGGAAAGUUUCCUGAACCUGUGCCGGGUCCUUCUGGAAUUAAGUCUCGAAAAUUGUUCGAGAGACAUAACACGUCAAGCACAAAUACAAUUUCAACAAAUUCCUUUGAGCAUAAUUUAGAGGUAAUUAAUGGUGAUCAUGACUCAGACAGUGGAGAAUCAACUAGUGGCUACUCCUCUGCACCUAAAUUGGUCACCAAACAGAAGAGUGAAGAAACGUCAAACAAGAAUACAGAAAGCGUCGUGCCAAAAGCUCGAUCUUUGUUUACCUCUUCGACCGACUCUAGCAGCGGACGCACCUUGUUCCCAGAUAGGAGCUCUCAAAUGAAUACUUCGUUGAGCAGCAGACGCCCCACAUUCAAUGCAUCGACUUUCGGCUCGCCGAACUUCGUGGACAGAACCCUGGCAACCAAACGAAUAAUGAAUUCGCCGUUUUACAGCGGACGCACUAUGUACGGUGGAGCUUCAGCAUACGGUCGCAGGUUGGGGAAAAGCAGCGAAGAGCUGAACGUAGUACCCAGAACAUCAGUACAGAUUAAGCCAGUGAAUGAAAAAUUAACAAACGAAAACACGACACUGAGUAAAACGGCACGCAGAAUAUUGAACACUUUGGAACAGUACAGUACGCCAAUAAGUGACGCUAAAAAAAUACCCGUCAGUCCACGAAGACCGGGUCUUCUGUCGCCUUACGUAGGAGCUGCUCCGUAUUUGACGCGAGAUAAGAAAAGAGCAUUGCAUAAGGAGCUUCAAGUACCGUCGAUUCCCGAUUUGUUGCAGAUGAAACAGAAAGAAAGACUGCAGAAUAGCACAGAGACGGUGAGGCAGAUCGCUACAAAGUCGAAGUCGAGUCUAAACAAAGAAGACUAUAAGUUGCGAACGGACGAAGAUAAUAAACAGAAACACAGCAAUAAGAUGAAGAGUAGUGUGGCUUCGGCUAGACCGAAGGUGCAGUCGAUGGAGUCGGUUAGCGAAGUGAAACUACCGAAAGUUUCCUUACCGAUAACGACGUUACCGAAAUUCGACUUCGUUUUGAUGCCGUCUGGCAAUUCACACGAAACCAACCAAGUUAUCGGGGCGAGUAAAAGUUCGAAUGUGACAAAAUCUCCGGUCAGUACUAUAGCUAAACGUACCAUUGUUGUGGAGAAGAAAGAGACUGAAACUAAAGACACAGACAAGGUGAAAACGAACGACUACACCUUCUCUGAGCCGUUGGUUAUUUCAAAAGACUUGAAAUCCGUCGCAGCGAUUAAUUGUUUUAAGUUUAGCGAACCGCUUUGCAAGAAAGAGGCUUCUGAUGUGGGCAUGGUAUUUAAAUCCGGCGAUGGUAGUUUAAAGAGUGGCUUAAAAGUGAAGAACAAUGGCGAAAACGUAAACUUCACGGGAGUUAAGCCUGCGGGUCAGUUGUUGACCGGUAGUGUGAUGGAUGUUUUGGGGAAGAAAAAAGAAGCGUCAUCUGGGGUCCGCACGGUUGAACGUAAGUGGGAAUGCCCAACGUGCUUAGUUAGAAAUGCGUCGGACAAAACAAAAUGUGUGGCGUGUGACGAACCUAAACCUCAAACACAGUUAGACAAAACGGAAAGUAAAGGAUUCGGUGAUCAAUUUAAACUCUCUAGUGACAAAUGGGAAUGUACUUCGUGUUUGGUGCGUAAUAAUAAUUCGGAGACAAAGUGUGUGGCGUGCGCGGCUGCUAAACCUGGUAGCCAAAAGCCGACAGUCACUUCUGGUUUUGGAGAUAAGUUUAAACCGCCCGCUUCAACGUGGGAAUGUACAAGUUGUUUGAUUAGAAACAAGAACGAAUUAGAGCAGUGUGCAGCCUGCGGCACGGCGAAAGUGGCGAAGGGACCGGCUGCUGCUAGUUUCGGGGAUAAAUUUAAGCCUUCGAGUGACACAUGGGAAUGCGGUACUUGUAUGAUUAGAAAUAAGAAUGAGUUGGAUAAGUGUGCAGCGUGUGAAACGGCGAGACCAGGGGCUAAAACCGCGUCAACGCAAAAGCCGGUGACGUUUACAAACAGUUCUGGUACUACCUUCACCUUUGGAAUUAAACAAGAAUGGGAAUGCAAAACUUGUAUGAUUAAGAAUAAGAACGAUCUGACAAAGUGUGCGGCAUGCGAAUCGCCGAAAGAUAGCGGCUCUUCGAUGAAAACAGGUUUUGGAGAUGUAUUUAAAAUGAAGAGUGGCGAGUGGGAGUGUCCUUCCUGCAUGGUGAAGAAUAAACCCACAGUUAACGUUUGUGUUUGCUGUGGGGUGACGAAACCAGGUGGUACUAGCGAAAAACUGGCCGAAAUAUGUAAGAACGAAGAAAAGAAACCUGUAAAUAGUUUUAAUUUUGGUAUUGAUAAAUCCGCUACGACGCAGUUUAAGUUUGGAGUACCGUCUAGUACAAGUGACACUAAGGAUAGUACCGUAGUUAGUACAGCACCUACGUUCGUUUUUACCGACGCCAGUAAGUCCAUUGCGGCGACGCCAACUACUUUUACUUUUGGAAUCAAUACUCAGGAAAAAGUUGCGCCAACUCAAACUGUUACCUCAACAAGCGAAACUACAAAUAGUGUUUCGACUAACCCGUUACUUAAGCCCAGUGAGAAAUUGCCUGAGAAGGCAGCCUCUGCUCCAGUUGGGUUUAAAUUUGGCCUUGACAAUAGUUUAAAUAAGAAUACAAGUAGCGAAACUGUAGUUAGUAGUAGUGGAAAGACGGAGACGUCGUCAGUUGGGACCUUUUCGACUAGUUUUGUUCCGACCUCUAUGCCACCUCCAACGUUCCAAUUUAAGCCUGCAGCUGUUAAUGGUGACAUAAACAAACCCAAAGAGGCCGUAUUUGGCGGUGAUACUGCUAAAGCGAAUAUUUUUGGCGAUUUAAAUAAACCGAAAGAGGCAAUUUUCGGUACCGAUAAAAGUAAAGAAUCACCAUUUGCGAAACUUAGUAAACCCACAGAAUCACCGUUUAGCGGUACCGCCAAAACUGCUGAUUCCCCAUUUGGUACUACUAGUAAACCCAGCGACUCACCUUUUGGUGUUCCUAAUAAAAGCAUCGAUUCACCGUUCGGCAUCACCAGUAAAACCACAGAUUCGCCAUUCGGUGCCACCAAUAAAACCACCGAUUCGCUAUUCGGUACUACUAAUAAGACCACAGAUUCACCGUUCAGUACUCCCAAUAAAACCAAUGAGUCACCCUUUGGUACCACUACGAAAUCGGACUCGACUUUUGGCACAACCAAUAAGUCCACUGUGUUGCAGUUUGGUAACGUCACAAAAUCCACAGCGUCACCCUUCGGUACUGUUAGUACUAAACCUACAGAUUCACCAUUCGGUGGUGCCACGAAAACCACAGACUCGCCUUUUGCUGCUCCUAAUAGACCUGCAGAGUCACCCUUCACCGCAACUAGUAAACCAGCGGAUUCACCAUUCGCCCCGAGUAGUAAACCUGCAGAAUCACUCUUUGGCACAAGCAACAAACACGUCGAUUCACCUUUCCCUACACCCAACAAGUCUAUAGAAUCACUAUUUGGCAAACCGAACAAACCUGCCGACUCACCCUUCGGUACUAUUAACAAACCCACUAAUUCACCGUUCGGCAACGUCCCCGACACCAACAAGCCAAAAGACUCUGUAUUUGGUGCACCCCCUGAUGCGAAUAAACCUCAAGGUUCCCUGUUCGGCAACGUGAACGAAGCCACGAAGCCCCCAGAACCACGAUUCGGCAGCGACGCCAACAAACCUAAAGAAAUCAUGUUCGGGGCUAAACCUCCAGAGAAUAAAAAUCUAUUUGCCCCUCCCACUACAACUCCCUUCUCAUUCUCGACGAAACCCGUCGAAAGUACAAGUUCGGCGUUCCCCGCACCCCAGCCCGCAACAGGAGGGAUAUUUAAAUUCGGAGCGGAAGAGGCCCAGAAACGAUUGAAUUCGGAUUCCGCCGAUACGAAUGUCAAUGGUUUCGGAACGGCUCCGAAAAUAUCCGCGUUCGGAGGCCCCCAGACCUUCGGAACGACCGAAAACAAGCCGUUCGGCUUCGGCAGUACCGAUUCGACACCGAAGAGUUCCGGUUUUACGUUCGGUCAAACGGAGAAGCCGAAUGCCGCAGGACCUGUUUUCAAUUUUGGACCUGGUGCUCAGACUGCACCGACUGGAGGGUUCAAUUUUGCUGUGACGAAUACUGGGUUUAGUUUUGGUGGUGCACCGAAGGUCGAGAGUCAACCGUUCAAUCCGCCUAGUACUAAUAUGUUUGGUCCUGCUGGAGCUGGAGCGAAGAAUGGAAGUUUUAAUUUUGGAACGAAUGCGAAUAACAACAAUCAAAAGGCAGUCUUCAGUUUUGGAGCUAAUCAAACCAGUCAGCCAACGCAGCCUAGUUUUCCAACGCAGAGUCAACCUGGAUUUAAUUUUGUACCGUCUGCUGCGCCGUUAAAUAUGCCAGGGAGUUCUUUCAAUUUUACUGGCGCACCUCCUUCUUUCAGUUUCACAGAUGGAAAUACGAAUCAGACUCAGCCCCCUCGCAAAAUAAAGAAAGCGAUCAGACGAACGACGCAUCGAUAGUUCGCUACAGUUUGUAUAUAGAGGAGUGACUGUGGAGUUAGCGAAGCAAGUGGAGUUGUGAAAGUACGUGUUAAGUUUGUUGUAAGUUAUGUAAAGACUAAGUGUGGAUCAAUCAUCUUGAUAUUAAAAACAGUUAUAUUUGUUUUCAGACCUAUAAAUGUUAGCUAGGCAUUAAUAAUAUUACGGGCCACCUGUGAAGAUUCAAGUCCAGGCAUUCAUCUUUCGAACCUGUAAUAUAAUGUUGAAAUUCUUAAAAAUUUAUUUACCAUAUCUGAAUGUCUGAAGGUACGAGCGAUGUUCACAGAUGCGUCGGUGUACAAAACUACAUUGUUGUACACGGCAUGUUACUCCCUACAUUGUAUACCAUAGCGUAGGCAUUUCAAAGGUCUGAUCCAUAGAAUGUAGAAUUUUCUAAUGAUGUUGAUGAAUUUCAUCAAUAACGUGUGAUGAUAAACACUUGUGAAAUUUUUGAAUGAUUCUUAUCAUAUAAUAUUUAUAUGACGGCCAUUAAGUGGCUAUUUUUCUGUGAUAUUCUUAUGGGUCAGGCCCCAUACAUAACUAUAAACAAUAUGCAUAUACAUAUUUAUACUACAACACAGACAAAACGUUGUUAUACUUUUAUUGCAAAAGUUCAGUAUCGUGGAAAACUUUUAUUUUGUAAACCAAUUUAUUAUAUAAAGUAGGUACGGCAGGCGAUUUAUAUUUAUUGCUGACAUGGAAUAAUUAUUGCAAUGCAAUAGCAUAUUUUUGUUGUUAAUUUGGGUUUUGUCUGUGUUAUCUUAUCAAAGUAGGCUCACUCCUUCGUUCCUCAAUUAAGAGAAGAAAAAAUAAUCAGUGUAAAUAUUUGUUUAUAGUGAUUGUGAUUUUUUAACAACACAUAUAUUUUGUACAUAUAUAGAAGGAAAUUCAAACGUCUUUACAGUUGUUUAUGAAAUAUUUGUGUUGUUUUGUAAUGAGCUUCAUGCUCUUUUUAUCCAGAGUAUUAAAAAGGAGUUAGACUGCUUCAUGUAAAUAUUGUAACUCUACAGAAAAUAAAUCUUUUGCUGAAAA